GUUGUUAUAGGCUAGUGAGUGUGUAAAGUCAAAGUGUAAUCUACCAAUUUAUCAAAGUAUCUAUAGAUUAUAGAUCUAGUACUAGAUCUAGACCUGUAAAACCCUUUAUUGGAUUUAGUUUACAUCUGAGAAUGAUUAAUUGAGAUGGCAGGUAAAGUAAACAGUUGGCUUUCCAAUAGUGUAGCUAGAAACUUUCGUCUUCCACAAAAAGGAAUAUUUGGAUGGUUUGUUUCAAAGUACUUCGUGCAGCGCAAUAAAUUCUUAGAGGAGAAUGCUGUGAGGCUAUGUGACAUUAAACCAGACCACAAUGUCCUAGAGAUUGGGUUUGGACCUGGCCUUGGACUACAAUCUGCUUACAACAUUGUCAAAAAUGGUAAAGGAAAAGUGUAUGGCAUUGACACAUCAUUUUACAUGCUAGAGACAGCUAGUAAAAAGCUUGAUAAAGCAAUUAAAGAGCAAAAAGUUUUGCUCUUCCAUGGCAGUGCAACACACAUUCCCCUCAACACAGACUCUAUUCAUCGAGUAUUUCACACAAAUUGCUACUAUUUUUGGCCUUCAAUGAGAUCUGUGAUGAGAGAAAUUUAUCGUGUUAUGAAACCAGGGGGGAUAAUGGUUACAACAUUGAAUAUUGAUAAACUGCGAUUAGCUCAGCAACGUGGUUUUAUGAAGCAUGGACACCCCGACCCUGUGAAAUACAUGGUCUGUCUUGAAAACUAUGGCUUUGAAAAUGUCCAUUUAGAAUAUCUGAAAGAUCCAGCCACUGGAAAAGAAUUUCAAGCCAUUUUCUCUGAGGUUGUUGAAAAGCCAGCCCAUGACAGUGCAAUGCUGAGUGAUGAUGAAGAUGAUGAAAUUGAAAAAGAAGUCCACACACUGCUAAAAGAUAAGAGCGAGUAUGCCCAGUUUUCUCAUCAGUCUAAACCUAACGAACCUGACAGACAGAAACAAUCCACAGCAUGAAAUGUGAAGCAUGGACCAGCUUUGUUGCAUCUGAGUGAUACAUUUAUUCAUGGUGGUAGACUGCUCUAGCAUCUGAGUGAUACAUUUAUUC